AUGGCGCCAGCCUUUGCCCAUCCCUCAGAGCGCGGGGGAAUGGAGCCCGAGUGGACAGUGGGCGGCCGGCGCGUCCCCCGGCCGGCUGUUCUCAGACACCUGCUGGAGCCGCUGCUGGAGGGCAGCGUCUUCGCAAAGCCGCGUCCACCCUGGACCAGGGCCCAGUGCAGCCCCGCUCCUCUGCACACGGCCGAGUGGCCACCCCUCCCCGGAGAUGCCCCGACCUGGGUGGCAGCCGACGGGCCCCAAAGCCUCCCAGACCCCCGACACUCGGCCUGCCGCUAUCAGCCGAGACAAAACUGCCCCGCCCGCCGGCCAUUGUCCUGCCUUCCAGCCGUGUUUGCUCUGGACCCGGCUGACCCCGCUGACCAGGCAGGCCGGGCGAGCUUGGUCCGGGGCCGGCAGGCCCUGUCCGCCUCCAGCGGCCAGGCGGCCUCCGCCGGCUGGUUCUCACGCAGCCAGGGCGCCGGCGGCGGGCACGGCGCGGGCCAGGGCUUCCAGGUGGUCACCUUCAAGUGGCACCACGUCCAGGACCCGUACAUCAUCGCGCUCUGGAUCCUCGUGGCCAGCCUGGCCAAGAUCGGGGUGGUGCUGCAGACCUGGGUCCUGAACCGGUACCGGAUGGUGCAGCUGGAGAUCAUCGACCAGGUGGUCAUGUCCUACGGCGGCCUGCGUGGGGCCGUGGCCUUCGCGCUGGUGGUGCUCCUGGACGAGAGGAAGGUCAAGGAGAAGAACCUGUUUGUCAGCACCACCAUCGUCGUCAUCUACUUCACCGUCAUCUUCCAGGGCCUGACCAUCAAGCCCCUGGUGCAGUGGCUGAAGGUGAAGCGGAGCGAACACCGCGAGCCCAAGCUCAACGAGAAGCUGCACGGCCGGUACAAGCACCUGUACAGCCGCCACGAGCUGACCACCAACGACGACGAGAAGCAGGACAAGGAGAUCUUCCACCGCACGAUGCGCAAGCGCCUGGAGUCCUUCAAGUCCGCCAAGCUGGGGCUGCACCAGAGCAAGAAGGCGGCCAAGCUGUACAAGAGGGAGCGCGCCCAGAAGCGGAGGAACAGCAGCAUCCCCAACGGGAAGCUGCCGCCCGAGAGCCCGGUGCACAACCUCACCAUCGCAGAGAAAGAUCUGGAGAUUUCGGAGCCAGAGGACACCCCUGAUGACACCGCUGAGGAGACGAGAGGGGGCAUCGAGUUCCUGGCCAGCGUCACGCAGGACACCACGGCCGACUCCCCCUCAGGGAUUGACAACCCCGUGUUCUCCCCCGACGAGGACCUGGGCAUCCUCGCCAGGGUCCCCCCCUGGCUGUCUCCCGGGGAGACGGUGGUGCCCUCCCAGAGGGCCCGCGUGCAGCUGCCCUGCUCGCCCGGCACUCUGCACCGCCUGGCGCCCUUCCGCCUCAGCGGCAAGUCGGGGGACGCGUGCCUGCAGGAGCCGGACGCCGCACACCCCGAGUCCACGCACAUGUAACCGCCUCACGCUCUCUCCUGUCCUCUCCCCAGGCGCCAGGCUCUCCGGACCUGACGGCUGCUCUCCUCCUUUCCAGCUCCCCUGGAACCCCGGGUCGCCGUGGGGGGCCUUGCUUCUGCUGGGCAGGACUGGGCAGGGGCUUAGGGCCAGGGUGCGGGGGGCCUGCGUCCCAGCGGGCAGCUCCUCUGCCGUCCGCCACAGGCUGACUCAGGGAGGCCCGACUGGCUGGCCCUGCGGCCGGCGGGGGCCUCAUCUCUGCGGGUAAGGCAGCCCGGGACAGUCAGGGGUGCCUGGGACCCCACGAGGGGCCCAAGCGGAGGACCCCAGGCCGGGGUGCUCGGACUAUAGCUGCUCAGGAGCAGGGGGCAGGGGGUGCGGCGCUGGAGGGUCCUCCCAGGGCCCUGGAAGGUGCCGCACUUCACCUUCUGCCGCCCAGGCGCAGCCCCUGGCAGGGGCUCUGGGUCUGGCCCAGUGGGUGGUGGGGAGGACUGAGGAACUGCUGCCCGCGCUCUGCCAGUUUCCCACAGCUGCCGUGGACCCAGGCCAGGGGCGCCCCUUCGCGGCGCCCCAGUUCUCACUGGUGGGGGGCUGGGUGGCAGCUGGAGAGGAGCGCGGCGCCGAGACAGAGACCGCGGGCAGCGCGCGUUCCCGGCCCACGUCGGGGAACGCCGCCAGGGGCCCCACCCUGGGCACUUGGGCGCCUGCCGCCCCCACCCGUGUGUCCUUGAGCCCCACUGUCGCCAGAGCUGUGCCCGCCUGCAGGCAGGGGCCAGUGCCCAGAGGGCUGCGGGCGGGCAGAGCGCGGCCUGCG